AAACAACUCAGUGACCACCAUGAGUUGGAGCUUCCUCACACGUCUCCUGGAAGAGAUCCACAACCACUCCACAUUUGUGGGGAAAGUAUGGCUGACUGUUCUGAUCAUCUUCCGCAUUGUAUUGACUGCUGUAGGGGGCGAGUCCAUCUAUUCAGACGAGCAAUCCAAGUUCAUUUGCAACACCAAGCAGCCCGGCUGCGACAACGUGUGCUAUGACUCGUUUGCACCCCUGUCGCACGUCCGCUUCUGGGUCUUUCAGAUCAUCAUGAUCUCCACUCCAUCCGUGAUGUACCUCGGUUAUGCCAUCCACAAGAUUGCGCGUUCGUCCGAGGACGAGCGACGGAGGUACCGCAAGUACCACAGGAAGAGACAAGGCAGCCGGUGGCGAGACAGCCACCCACUAGAGCAAGCAAUGGAAGAGGAAGAGGAAGACGACGCAGAGCCGAUGAUCUAUGAGGACGCUUCGGAGGUACAGGAAGCGAAGCCCGACGUGACCAACACAGCCAAGGAACCCCCAAAGCAUGACGGCCGGCGAAGGAUCAUGCAGGAAGGGCUGAUGAAGUUCUACGUGAUCCAGCUUUUGUCCCGGGCCGUUUUCGAGAUCGGCUUUCUCAUAGGCCAGUACCUCCUCUAUGGCUUCCGUGUCAACCCGUCAUACGUGUGCAGCAAAGUCCCCUGUCCACACCGCGUGGACUGCUUCAUCUCUCGACCCACCGAGAAAACUAUCUUCCUCCUCAUCAUGUACGUGGUGAGCUGCCUGUGCCUGGUGCUCAACGUGUGCGAGAUGUUCCAUCUAGGCAUUGGCGCAUUCAGAGACACUCUUCGCAGGCGACGGAGCAGGGGCCGCCAGCCGCCCUUCAGCUACGCCUACUCUCGCACCAUCCAGGCCUCUCCGCCUGGUUACAACCUAGUCAUGAAGUCGGACAAGCCAAGCAAGGUGCCCAACAGCCUCGUGUCGCACGAGCAGAACAUGGCGAAUGCGGCUCAAGAGCAGCACUGCGCGAGCCCCGACGAGAACAUCCCCACUGACUUGGCCAGUCUGCACCGGCACCUACGGGUGGCCCAGGAGCAACUGGACAUGGCCUUUCAGACGUACAGCACCAAGAACAACGCCCAGACCUCCAGAACAAGCAGCCCAGUCUCCGGCGGCACUAUGGCGGAGCAGAACCGGGUCAACACGGCCCAGGAAAAGCAGGGCGCCAGGCCCAAGGUGCCCUCGGAGAAGGCGGGAACCAUAGUCAAGAAUGGAAAGACAUCCGUGUGGAUCUGAGAGCUACUACUACCAGGGCUUGACAUUAACUUUUUUUUAUUACUUAUCGGCUACAGUGUCUGCUGGUUCUCCCAAGUCACUUUCAAGCCUUUCAUCCUUUUUACUGGCCACAUUUCUCUUGUGAAGUAUUUUUUUUCUUUACCGUGAUACAUCUUAGCUCAGAAGAUGAAGUGCUAAAACAAGAAUAUUGUGCUAUGGACAUAGCGUCCUACAACCGAAUCUGAAAAAAUACGACAUUUGGCCAAUUGUGAAAAACAAAUACUAUCAUUUUCAAAACAUUCAAUCCAAAAAGUAAAGGAAGAAUUGUGCCUUGACAACAUGCCAAUGGUUAACACAGAGAAAAAGUAUUGUUUUGGGGAGAAUAUAAGCCAAUUUGAAAUUGUAUACAUUUUAAUGUCAAAAAAGUAGGGAAAGGACAAAUAAAAUGCUGUUAAAUUGCCAUUUUAUCAUCUGGUUGUCAUUAUGAUACAGCUUUACUGUUGAAGCAUGACAGAUAAUUCAAUAUGGUGCAAUUAUGUGGCAAUAUGUAAAGGGCUUAUUUCAACAUCCAAUGUAGUGGUUGCUACUAACGCUGUUCAAAACCAUACAUACUGUAUCAUUCAGCAUAAAUUUGAACUCUCCAAAUGAGUAGACCACAGCCAACAAGUUGAAUUAUUAAUCAUCUCUGGCAUGUAUGUGCAAGAGGUUUUUAAAAAAAAAAUCUGUUAACAGUACAUUUGUCCAUUCAUGUUGGUA